AUGAAACCGCUCCCCUUUCCCCUCGCACUCAACAUUGGCACUGACAUCGUCCACAUCCCCCGAAUAACGCGCCUCCUCCAACAAACCAAUUACCUCGGCCGUUUCACGCGCCGUAUCCUCAGCGACCAAGAACACAUUGACUUUCGCAAACGUUUUCAACAUAUAUCCCAGCCGCAAACGCCGAGUCACGCGUCAUCCACACAACCAACGAUCACACCGGAGAUGACUCGCUGGCUUGCAGGUCGCUUUGCCGCCAAAGAAGCCGCGCGCAAAGCCGCGCCGGGGGGAGCUGCGGCGCUGAGCUGGAAAGACGUGGUUAUUCGUGUGCCGGAGCUGGGCGAUGAAGCCGAGGGUGAGAGAGUGGAUGCGGGCGUAGAUGGGAGUACUUCACGCCAGCAAAGACAGCAACAGCAGGACGACGGCACGAGUCGGAGGCCCGAGAUUGUGUUUUUGGGAGAUGGGAUGGAUCAACCGGAUCGACUGGGGCAGUUGUCCAUUUCGCAUGACGGUGACUAUGUGGUCGCGACGGUGUUGGCUGCCGGAUGA